GACUGGGCUAAGGUUUUCAGCAGUCGGCUAGCCGUCUCGCGAUUUCUUGCUGUGUGAAACUCUAGCAGACGGCUUGUAAAAACCUGUGGAAUAUUUUCAUUAGGGGCUGGAGGCUACCUCGAAAACUGGUUAGAUUGGUCCGCGAAUCUACUUGUGUAUUUCUGAAUACUACUUUACCGAUCAAGGAGAUGUGACAGUGCUAAGAGCUAGACGCCACCCAUGUGUAUCCAACAUGGCGGCACAGGGCACUUCACUACCAGCACUAGCAGCACUAGCAGCACUACCAGCCAUGAAGGAGAUUCUGCCACUGCUGCGCCUCAUCUCCUCUCUCAUCAUCUACUCUACUCUAACCGGAAGUGCCUGGGCUCUGUCAUGCGCCCCGUGUGAGCCCGAGCUGUGCCCCAACACGACGUCAUGCCUGGGCGGCACGGUCAAGGACGUGUGUGGCUGCUGCCCUCAGUGUGCCCGACUGGAGCACCAGAGCUGUGGGGGCGUGUUCGGGGUGCUGGGCUCCUGCGCCCCACAUCUGCAGUGUGUCUACCCGGACCACGAGGAAACGUCGAGAGGCGGGAUAUGUAAAGAAGUACCGGAGCAGCCGUGUAAGGGAAGCAACUGCCCGCCUGUUUAUGAAGCUCAGUUGUGUCCCCCUGACUCUACACUGACAAGGAGAGACUUGACGAGCCCUGACACCCAGUACAACGACGUCGAGGGCAACAACUUGUUCCUCCUUCCGGAGCAGGCGUGGCAGUGUGUCUGCAAUGUGUCGCUGUGUCGUCUGCCCGUGUGUCAGCACGGACAGCCCAGACUUGUCCAGAACGCCACGGGUCUGCCCGGAACCUGCUGUCACGUGUUCGAGUGUCCGGCAGAUGACAGUCGGACCUGUGUUUACAAAGGUCAAGAGAAGUCCCAUGGCCAGGUGUGGCAGGUGGACAACUGCACCAGCUGCCAGUGUCUAGACGGGGUCAACAGGUGCUGGGAGCAGAGCUGUCCCAAGCUGGCCUGUAGUCUCAUGGUCGUCCCAGAUGGCCAGUGUUGUCCUGUAUGUACAGGCUGUGUCUCUGAGACUGGCCAAGUCCACAACGACACCGAGGUCUGGCAUGAGAACCCCUGCACCACGUGUGUCUGCAAGGACGGCUACCCCCAGUGCCAGGCGGAGGUGUGUUCACACUGUCAACAUUCCACGUCCCUUCCUGGACUCUGCUGCCCCACAUGUCCAGACCAUGAGGCUGUCACCUUGACCUUUAAACCUUGUCCAAGCUUGAGGUCAUGCACCCUUACGUGUCCUUACGGUCUGGAGCAGACAGAUGACGGCUGCUACACUUGCAGGUGCAAACAAGCUAAAUGCCAGCUAGACUGCCAGUUUGGCCUGAAGCUGGACGCCGCAGGGAACCAGCUGUGUGAAUGUGGUGGGGCGCCUGACCGCUGUCCACCGUGGGACGAGAGAAAAUGUCCCAUCCAGUGUGAGUACGGCUUCAGGAGGUCACGCGAGGGCUGCAUUAAGUGCAAGUGCAACAAAUGUCCCCAGUUCAACUGCACCAAAAGAUGCAUGUAUGGACACGUGCUCACAGCUGAAGGAUGUCCACAAUGUCUGUGCAGAGAGCCACCCAUCGAUGUGUCUGGGGUGGCCAGGGGAUGCCUGUCCCCAGAGGGGUCCCACCACAGGUCGGGUGAGGUGUGGAGCGACGGAUGCCGCAGAUGUUACUGCCACUCAGGUGUGGAGAUGUGUUCCCUGAUUGCCUGCCCAGCCCCACACUGCCACACGCCAGUCUUUAGGGUCGGGGAUUGUUGCCCAACAUGUCCAGGUCUAACAGUUCCCAACCCAUCUGGAGAGAUUUGCGAGUCUGCCAUUGGGAAAGUACACGGGGAGGGGGAGAUGUGGAUGAUGGAUGAGUGCACACACUGCAUGUGUCAGGCAGGUGACAUCUUAUGUCAGACUCCCACCUGCCCACCUGUCAUCUGCACGCACCCUGUCAGGGCCAGUGGUGAAUGCUGCGCUACCUGUCCAGAACUGAAUUUGACCUUGUCAGGCAUGAAAGGUCAAGGCAGCUGUCACUCCAGCACCUCUGUGACAUACCAGCAUGGUGACGUCUGGCAGUCGGACCCGUGUCAGAGCUGCGUGUGUCGCCAGGGUCAGAUCCACUGCUACAGCCAGGUGUGUCCGCCCCUCACCUGCACCAGGACUGUCCUCGUCAAGAGCCAGUGCUGUCCUGUGUGUCUCGAACCUGCCUCACCCCGUACAGGGUGUGUCCACAACGGAGUCGAGUACGAGGCUGGUGAACGGUGGAGGGGAGAGAACUGCUCCCAAUGUUUGUGUUCCGCUGGUCAGGUUGAGUGCUUCCCCUUGUCAUGUCCCACUCUCAUCUGUUCAAUAUUCAUUCAGAGAAGAGGAGACUGUUGUCCAGAGUGUUAUGCUCUGCCCACCAUAGACAACAUGAACUUUCCUGCAGAAAAUGGAAAUAAAAGUGCAACUGGUGCAGCCCACAUGGACCGGCCCACCAUCAUCAUCUCCGUCCUGGCCGUCAUGGUACUCAUCCUGGCCACCAUCCUCGUUAUUUUCCUCGUCCAGCUCAUUCUGCGGCGCAAACGUAGCAGAUUGAGACCACGACCUAAGUCAACCAAUGUUGAACUUCAGGGUCAAAUGCCAUUCAUCCGUGAGUCUGAGGUCAACCUGGAGAAGAAAUACCUGGACAAGCUCUGCCCAGUCCUGACCCCAGGUGACAGGUGUAGCAACGACUACACACACAUUGUCUACAUCACUGACCCCAGGUGACAGGUGGGGCUAAGACUUCCUACAGGUUAGGUCAGUGGACAGAGGUUAGGUCAGUGGACACAGUGGUCACAGGUUAGGUCAAUGGACACAGUGGACAGAGGUUAGGUCAGUGGACACAGUGGACAGAGGUUAAGUCAGCGGACACAGUGGUCAGAAGUUAGGUCAGUGGACACAGUGGUCAGAGGUUAGGUCAGUGGACACAGUGGUCAGAGGUUAGGUCAGUGGACACAGUGGUCAGAAGUUAGGUCAGUGGACACAGUGGACAGAGGUUAGGUCAGUGGACACAGUGGUCAGAGGUUAGGUCAAUUGACACAGUGGUCAGGGGUUAGGUCAAUGGACAGUGGUCACAGGUUAGGUCAGUGGACACAGUGGUCAGAGGUUAGGUCAAUGAACUUUUUAAAUGCAGGAUAUUAACUUAAGCUACUGUGGGUGUGGAAAGAAAUUAUGUAAAAUUUCAAAAAAAUGUGAUUUCCUAACUUCACACAUGGUCAUGUGAUUCCCUAACUUCACACAUGGUCAUGUGAUUCCCUAACUUCACACAUGGUCAUGUGAUUCCCUAACUUCACACAUGGUCAUGUGAUUCCCUAACUUCACACAUGGUCAUGUGAUUCCCUAACUUCACACAUGGUCAUGUGAUUCCCAAACUUCACACAUGGUCAUGUGAUUCCCUAACUUCACACAUGGUCAUGUGAUUCCCUAACUUCACACAUGGUCAUGUGAUUCCCUAACUUCACACAUGGUCAUGUGAUUCCCUAACUUCACACAUGGUCAUGUGAUUCCCUAACUUCACACAUGGUCAUGUGAUUCCCUAACUUCACACAUGGUCAUGUGAUUCCCUAACUUCACACAUGGUCAUGUGAUUCCCUAACUUCACACAUGGUCAUGUGAUUCCCUAACUUCACACAUGGUCAUGUGAUUCCCUAACUUCACACAUGGUCAUGUGAUUCCCUAACUUCACACAUGGUCAUGUGAUUCCCUAACUUCACACAUGGUCAUGUGAUUCCCUAACUUCACACAUGGUCAUGUGAUUCCCUAACUUCACACAUGGUCAUGUGAUUCCCUAACUUCACACAUGGUCAUGUGAUUCCCUAACUUCACACAUGGUCAUGUGAUUCCCUAACUUCACACAUGGUCAUGUGAUUCCCUAAGAUCAUGUCUGAGGCUUUACAUUCCUAUGUCAAAACAGUCAUGAAACUAUAUACACUGGGUAUGAUGUCAUAGUUUUAAUGUCCAUCACUCAUGUAUCUGAUGUAUCAUCAACUCAUGUUUCAGAUGUCAUCCACUCAUCUUUCAGAUGUCAUCCACUCUUGUUUCAGAUGUCAUCCAAUCAUGUUUCAGAUGUCAUCAACUCAUGUUUCUAACCAGUCUGGCAGGAUUUAACUGAGCCAAUGUUGUCAACAUUCAUAAAGCUCAUGAAUCUUAUAACAUUCAUUAAGCUCAUGAAUCUUAUAACAUUCAUUAAGCUCAUGAAUCUUAUAACAUUCAUUAAGCUCCUGAAUCUUAUAACAUUCAUUAAGCUCAUGAAUCUUAUUCAUUAAACUCAUGAAUCUUAUAACAUUCAUUAAGCUCAUGAAUCUUAUAACAUUCAUUAAGCUCAUGAAUCUUAUAACAUUCAUUAAGCUCAUGAAUCUUAUAACAUUCAUUAAGCUCACGAAUCUUAUAACAUUCAUUAAGCUCACGAAUCUUAUAACAUUCAUUAAGCUCAUGAAUCUUAUAACAUUCAUUAAGCCGAUGAAUCUUUGUUUUAAAAUGAGCCCAAUGCCUGACACUAGAGUGGCUUAUGUUUGCUAUCCUGUGUAUCUAGUCAAGUAUGCCAUGAUCUGACAUUCCGGUGAAUUUUUUUUUUUAUCUUUGAUGUCUGUUGGCGUCAUCUUUUGAAUCGACACGAGAAAGUGGGUGGGGGUUUGCAAAGAAAAUGUGAUGUUACACUUUAAUGUUAUCAAACGUUGUUCGUUAAAAUGAAUUUUUACGUUUAUUUUGCAUUUUUAAAAAGACGUGAUUAAUCCAUGUAACCUUAUUUAUUAAAAGUUGCAGUAUUGAAUACGAUUUCCACAGUCAGCACGCCUGCUUUAGUGGAAAACAUUAAAAUGUUUUGUUUUUAAAAAAA